AUCUCUAUAAUUAUUUAAUGUUGGAAACUAAUUUAGAAAAACAUAUAGUGAUUGAGUAUGAUUUGAAGAAUUAUUUAAUUAAUUUGUACAAUUAUGUGGUUUGUCAAAGACUCAAAUAGAUACUCGGUAGAUAGAUUCAGGAUUUCAGUCAGCCCGCCGGAAAACAAACACAGAGCCAGAAACGAUGUAUGCUCAAGGAGGGGAAGUUCAAGGGCCUAUGUUGAAGCUAACCGUGGAGAGAGGUACACUCGCCGGUCAAGCCCUGGAUUUCAAGCCGGGGACUACUGUUCGGGUUGGCCGUGUCGUGCGGGGCAACAAUCUCACCAUCAAAGAUGCCGGCAUCUCCUCCAAUCACCUCACCAUCGAAUUCAAUCCCUCCGACGGGAGAUGGAUCAUCCGCGACCUCGGAUCCUCAAACGGGACCUUUCUCAACGCCAACAAAGUCAAAGCGUCCUCCUCUGCCGCCCUCUCCGACUGCGACACCAUCAAAAUCGGAGAGCUCACUACAAUCUACGUCAGAAUCGAAGGUCUCGGUCCCCCGUCCACCAAGCAAAGGAGAAACCCUAGGCAGAAGGCAGCCGCAGAAACAGCAGAGCAAGGCGACCAGAAUGCCGCUGAGAAUCGAGAGUUAGGGUUUAGGGAUGAAGAGUUGGGGAAGAUGCAGAGGUGUGGUCCUCGUACUCGUGCUAGGGCUAGGGUGAACUGUGACAAGGCUGAACUUCAAGUCGAGAGCAUUGGAUUGGAAAAUGCAGCUCCCAGGAGAACAAGGAAUUCGAGAAAGGUAGAGGAUUUCACUAGCUCGACUUCUCAAGUCGAAAGUGCUGUCGUCGAGAAGGCAGUGAGUUUGAGUGAGAUGGAGACUGCUUCACGAAAUGAAGAUGAACUUGGCGGUCAAAGACGAACCCGAGGAAGAGGACGUGGGAGGGUGACGACGAAAAGGGUCACCACCAGAAGUACAAAAGAGAGUGUUUUACAGGCUGAUAGUAUCACAUCAGUGCAUUUGGAAGAAGACAAGGACGAAACAAAUCCCGCUCGUUCAAAGAAGGGUGGAGGUGAAGAGAGACUUAAGACUAUUGAGGAGUGCGGUGAGGAGGAAGAGCAGCGUAAAUGUGGGAAAGAAGCUGGCCAUGGUGAAAGCAAGGGUGUCCCUGAUAUUGGAGUAAAGUUCGACCUGGAAACCAUGAGUCUAGGAGAUUGGCUUGACUAUUUGGAGUUUCAGUUACCAAAACAAAUAAUGGAUUCUACAGAGGAGAUGAUUUCAGGAAUGAAGGAAAAGGCACGCAAGGCGCAAGACUUGAUAAAUCAGAAGAAGGCCGAGGAAAAGGCACACAAGUCGAAAGAAUAAUGACAAUAGGGCAUCAAUUUCCAACGCAAAAUUCUGAGCUGUGGUUACAUUGGAAAAUGUGAAACAACUACAAUUUGUUCUUGUCCCCCAAGCAAUUGGAGACAUUUAGCAAGAUUCCGCCGGUUGAAGGUCAAUGAUAUCCAAUUUUCGGGUCGAGGAAGACAAGGAGGGGUGUCUCAAGCCAAACUAAGAAACCAGGUGCACUGUAUGUAGUAGUUACUCGCUUCUUUGUACGAUGUACUUUGCUGAGUUUGCAUGUUGCUAGUGAAGGACAAAGUCCGAUCCGAAACAUUUUUUUAUUGAACACAUUUGAUAAGGUUAAGAACUAUGGU